AUGACACGCUGUAAACUUAAGAUCCUAGGUCUCAGCGAAGUGCGGUGGAAAAACAGCGGUGACAUUACUACAUCAGAUAAUCACUAUAUGAUAUACUCGGGCAAUUCAACCACCCACAUUAAUGGAGUUGGAAUUGUUAUAACCACUAAAAUUAAAAAAUCAUUAAUGGAGUGGAAUCCAGUCUCCGAUCGAUUAAUAACCGCUCGUUUCCGAGCCAAAAAUCGCAAUAUAACAAUCAUUCAAUGCUAUGCACCAACGGAAGUAGCGGACGACAGUGAAAAAGAUUAUUUCUACAACCAACUGCAGUCCACAAUCGCCUCAGCGCACAAAAGAGACAUCAAACUUAUCAUGGGUGACUUCAACGGGAAAAUCGGCAAUAAUAAUAACAACCUCGAUGAAAUAAUGGGCCGCCAUGGACUUGGAAAAGCAUGCAAUAAUAACGGCGAGCGAUUAAUUGAUCUCUGCAUAGCCAACCAACUCUUCAUCGGCAGCACGCGAUUCCCGCACAAGGACAUUCAUAAAUAUAUCUGGCAAGCACCAGACAGAGUAACACGUAACCAGAUCGAUCACGUGCUAAUUGACAAGAAACACCUGAAGUCUCUUCUAGAUGUUCGAACAAUGCGUAGUGCAGACAUGUAUAGCGACCAUAAGCUAGUCGUGAAUAAAGGCGAACGUCGGAACUUCUGUGAAACUGUAACAGCCAAAGUUAAUAAUAUCAGUCCUACAAUAAGUGCGAAGGAAAAAUGGGAAUUAGUGCAAAAAGCAUACGUAGAAUCCGCAAAUGAAGUCAUCGGGACCAAAAACAGUACCCGUGAAAUGUGGAUCACGAAUGAAACCUGGGAAUUAAUCGAACAAAGAAGAACAUUAAAUCAACACCUAAACCAGGUUCGCAGUGAUUUAACCCUUGCAAGAUAUAACAAUAUAGAAAAGCAAAUUAAGAAAAUGGCAAGAAGAGAUCGUCGUAAAUUCGAAGAAAACAUCAUCACUGACGCUGAAGUGGCGGCGGAACAGAAGGACGUGCGCAAAACAUAUCAAUAUAACUGCGACAUAGACUAUACAACAUCAUCUCGUAUUAGCACAAAGUCACCAUCAGUUGCUGAAAUCAGAUUAGCAAUAAAGAAACUUAAGAACAACAAAGCCGCAGGUAGUGACGGCAUCGCACCGGAAUUAUUUAAAACUGAUCCAUCAUUUGCGGCAGAAACGCUUGCCCCCAUUAUAACAGAAGUAUGGGACACAGGCAACAUUCCGGCGAAAUGGAAACAAGGAAUGAUCAUCAUAAUACCAAAGAAAGGUGAUCUCCGUGAAUUGGAGCAAGCAGCAGAAUUCAACUCACCACUGUAUUUGACUUUCGUGGACUUCGAAAGAGCAUUUGACACCGUGACUUGGCCGGCUAUAUGGAAAACACUAGAAAAAUUUGGAAUACCAGCCCAAAUAACAAGACUAAUAAAAGAAUAUUGGUACUGGAAACCGGUGAUGGAAAAGUGCAAUCAAGAAACAACAAGCGGAAUACAGUGGCUGCUGACUCGCCGACUUGACGAUCUCGACUAUGCGGACGACAUCGUGUUACUAUCUCAUACACACAAAGAUGCACAGGGGAGAAUUUCAGCACUUCAAAGAUACGCUGCAGAAGUUGGACUAAAGAUCAACACCAACAAAACAAAAAUAAUGCGUAUUGGAACAAACAUAAGCACACCUAUUUCCAUUGAAGGACGCACAAUCGAAGAAGUCAACGACUUUGUAUAUCUUGGAUGCGUAAUUGCCAAAGACGGAGGAACCAACAUCGAUGUUAGCAAAAGAAUAAACAAGGCCCGACAAGCCUUCUUCAGAUUUAAUAAGAUAUGGAGAAGCUCAAAAAUGUAUAACAUACAUAAGCUUCGUUUAUUCAAUGCCUGCAUCAAAUCUGUGCUACUAUACGGCUGCGAGACCUGGAAAAACACAGAUGGACUGAUAAAUAAACUUCAGGUCUUCGUGAACAAAUGUCUGCGACGAAUUCUGAGACUGUUCUGGCCAAACUCGCCAACUAAUGAAGAAGUAUACUGCGCGUCUCCAACAAACGACAUUGUUCGUGCUAAAAGCGCAGCAGCGCAUAGUUCGAGUCUUGGAAUUGUCAAGGGGUUAAGAGGCGCGACUUUUGAUUUUGCUAUUAAUAGCGAAACGGUAACUGAUUCCAUGAGCGAGAUCACUUUGAGAUAUACGACAGCGGCAUAUGCGACGGACGAUGCGUCAGCAAAGCCGUGA